ACUGCACGGACGGAUAGGAACUUUUUCGACGAAGUUAGUGGAGAAACAUAUCAAAGCGGGGAUUAAUUCGGAGGAAAUUUGCGAAACUACACAAAAGCAACAGUUUCGGGUUGACUGCAUUUAUCUCGCGUCGACGCGAGAAUAAUACCGGAGAACAAUUGUCAAAUGGAAGUUCCUUGGUGAGAUUUGUCAAAUUUCGAAGAAAGAGGUUUAUUAUCGUGAGAGGAGAAAAAGAGCUAAGAAAUAGAUGGCGUCUGAAAUAAUUUUCGAUAAGAUAGCGGAAGCGAGCCCUUCCUUUGGUUUGGAGCCAGUUUGAAGUAUCGCACGGCAUUUGAAUAUGAUAAGUCAAACGUCAGAGGACUUCGUCACGAUUGCACCAGCGUCUGCUGCGAGAACGCCGAAGAGAAGUUGGAGGCCGCGCAAGUUGAACGGCAGGACGUUUGACUUCCUUUGGUGGCGCGAUUCACGACGCAAGAACGCAUCGAAGAAGCAAGGAUGUCAAAGGAAAAAGGAAGAGUUAACAGAAGUUAAAAUCGUCGAGAGUAAAGCGAGGAAUAAUCUCGGCAGUAGAACGUCGUUCGAGUUCUUCAAGAACAUCAAAAGACACAUGCAGGUGAAGAAGUUGACGCACAAAUCCAAACGAAGGAAAGAUGUUUGUUUCUUGCAGACAAAGGAAGUUGAAGCGUCUGGCAUACAAAAUGAAACAAACUAUGAUCUGACGAUUCAAAAGAAUGCAUCUACGGUCCCGAGAGACAAUAACAUGCUCGAAUCAAACUACAAAACCGAUAGGAAUUGCGAUGAUCAGUAUAGCAAUGAAAUCUUAGCUCUGGAUGUAUCUCAGAGCAAAUACAUUUCAGAAAGAUUAAAUAGAACCUUAAAUAACUGUAAUGACAUCGAAGAGAAACUAGACAUAAUUGAUACACAAAUUAUUAAUAAGCUCAACACAGAUGCUAAUCAAGAAAAUGUUUCUAAUAUAUGCCAAUCAUCCUCGGAUAAUGAGUCAGGAUCUAGAUCAACAAUAGAAAAUGUAGUGAAACAUCAAAUUGAAAGAACUAAUGAAAAUACAGAGAUUAAUAGAAGUAACGAUAAUAAAAUAAAAGCAAGUCUUACAGAGGAACUGCUGAAAUUAAGUAACUAUGGAUGGUAUUGGGGACCAAUAUCAGGAAACGAAGCUGAUGCCAAACUUCUAUCUGAACCAGAUGGUGCAUUCUUAGUUAGAGAUUCCUCAGACGAUAGAUAUGUUCUGACACUUAGCUUUAAAUCAUCUGGCAAACUACUUCAUGCUCGUAUGGAACACACUGGCGGUUUAUUUUCUUUAUGCAACCAAAGUGAAAGCGAAGGGUUUAGUUCGGUGGCUGACUUAAUUAACUAUUCAAUGAAUUUUAGCCAAUCAGGUGUCUUUUGCUAUUCACGACCUAAGUAUCCCGGUCAUCCGUCUUUUCCAGUUAGAUUAACAAAGCCAGUGAGUAGGUUUACUCAAGUCCGAAGUUUGCAAUAUCUUUGUCGUUUUGUCAUACGUCAAUAUACAAGAUUAGACAAUAUUCACAAACUGCCUUUACCGAAAACUAUCAAAGGUUAUAUAGAAGAAGCGCAUUAUUAAUUGGAAAAAUUCAGUGUUUUAUAUUGUAUAACAAUAGCUUCUUUUGGAAAAAUUUUCGCGAGACGCGAUUAGAUACGAGUGUUUUUUAAUAAGAAAUGCUCAUUGUUAAGAUUGUGAGAUAUCUUCAAUUUUAUAAAAAUUGAUUAAUAUAAGUUGAAAGAUAUACUAUUUUCUUUUUUGUAUGAAAUACGUUAUAUCUUUCAACGUGAUCCGAAGUUGAUUUGUGAACUACUUGGCUGUGUGGUGUGUAUCUUCAUUUCUCUUUGUAAAUAUAUUCUUCAUAAUAAAAAUAAAUUCCUGCUCAA